CCAAAGCUUUCCUUGUAUAUUUCGGUUGCCCACGUUGUGUCAAGUUCCCGAAAGGUUUUGUUUUUUUCAUAUAAAAUAGUCGUUUAACAAAUUUCAACAAAGAUGAAGGCAAAGAGGAUUAGACCGGAAUCGAAUUCGAGUCUUAAGAAAGCAGUACAAAAUGUCCAAGAUAUAUUAAAGAAAGAUGACAAGAAACCCAAGAAAUCACAGGAAAAGUCGGAAAAGCAACCGACUGCAACUGGUAAAUUGCCAGAAGGUGAAUUAAAAUAUACUACCACAACCGGCGUAGUUUACCUUAGCCACAUUCCUCAUGGAUUUUAUGAGGAACAAAUGAAAGAAUAUUUCACUCAAUUUGGAAAAGUCAAUCGGGUCAGGCAUGUUAGAUCAAAAAGGUCUGGAAGAAGUCGAGGAUACGGUUACAUAGAAUUCGAAUUCCCAGAAGUCGCCAAAGUGGCCGCAGAAACAAUGAAUAAUUAUCUAAUGUGCGGUAGAUUACUAAAAGCGGCCUAUAUUCCACCAGAGAAACAACAUUUCGGUUACUUUUUUGGAAAGGAUUGGUCUCCAAGCUAUUAUCCCAAUCUGGAGAAUAGAAAGAAGGAAAUUCGACUAAACCACGCAACUAUCAGCAAGAACAAACACAAGAAAACUGUCAAAAAGUCACUUAAAAAACUGUCUGCUCUCGAGCAAAAACUUAAAGCCAAGGGAAUAAAUCUAAAGUUUGAACCUGUCGAUCUUCCAGCAAAGUUGUUACGAUCCCAGUGGCUUCUCCUGAGAGACUUUUGUUCUUUUCCACUUCAUCCGCCUGUUUUGGAACCAGACUUUUACCUGCAAAAAAAAACAUAAUUAAAGAUUAAAAAUUUUAAUUGAGGUGUCUGCCAUACCGGGAAAUCGGAAAUUUAAUUCAGCGAUCGAGAUUUUUUUAUUCGAUUUUCUAAAUUGAAUAUUUAAAGAAUUUAAAUGUUUUCGUACUUUUAGUUUGUUUAAAAAAUAUGAAAUCUCUAAUUGCGAUUCGAAAUAGGAGAUUUUGUAAGAGAUGUUUAU